UGCAGUCGAAAGAGGAAGAGUCGCGUGAGGUUCUGUCCAGAUGAUGAUGAUGAUUUAGUCACUGCUCUGGUUUAGGUUUUGUUGAGGAUGAAUGAACGUUUAGCUUCGAGUCAAGUGCAGCUCUGUUCAAACCGAUCAGAAACUUUUUGAGUAGCACUAACAGUCUAAAUGACUGUUUGAACACUUUCUGUUGCGUUUUUACGCACAGCACAUAUUUAUCAGUAGUUUUCUUCUCGAAAAGCUCCAAUGGAAAAAUCCAAGAAUUUCUGCAUCGACGCGCUCCUGGCGGACGAGGGCACGCGAGUGGGCAGAGACCUGUCCCCGGGUUUGAGCAGUGAAAGUCCCACCGUGAGUCCCGGGUCAACGCCGUCUCCACGCGCCGCGCAGCUCCAGACCGGACUCUUGUCCAAACCGGGCGUCUUAAACUUAUCACACGCGGGGAUGUCCGGUCUCCCGGGCCUAUACCCCGCACCCAUGUACCCGCUGUCGGCCCUGAGCGCGCAGCACCCAGCGUUCUACAGCGGCUUCUCGCAGCUGCAAACCUACCCAGAGCACCUAAAGGCGGCUGCGCUCGCGGGCUCUCUGCCGCUGGAGCACUGGAUCCGCGCGGGAAUCAUGAUGCCCCGAAUCCCGGACUACGGCUGUGAGUGGUUGUGUCUCUCCUUCACAGCGGGUCCGCAGUCUGGUCUCCUGGGGAAGUGCAGGAGGCCCAGGACGGCCUUCACCAGUCAACAGCUGCUGGAGCUGGAGAAUCAGUUCAAACUCAACAAGUACUUAUCCCGACCCAAGCGCUUUGAGGUGGCCACUUCACUCAUGCUCACUGAAACACAGGUGAAGAUCUGGUUCCAGAACAGGAGGAUGAAGUGGAAGCGCAGCCGUAAGGCCAAGGAGCAGGCCAGUGCCCCGGGACAGACUGAUGCUGAAAGGGGGCGCGGGGCAACAAACAAAACCCCCACAGACAAAUCAGAGGCGAACAGGCGCUCCUCUGACCCUGAUGACAGAGGCAUCGUCCUGGACUUAGAGGAGGACGAAGAGGAAGAGGAGGAGGAUUACCCUGUCGCUAUGGGCAAUGGGAUGCCCAGAUCCACAGACUUUCUGCAGCAGAGCGCCAACUACAGCCCCCACAGUCCCUUUUCAGAGGACGAGAUGGAUGAGGUGCAGGUGGGGGGCGCAGACCGGAAGAUUGGGGCAGGUCUGUGAAAGUCUAAAGAACAUUACAAAUACAACAGAGGCUAUGGGGCAAGUGCAAACCCUAUAGUGGGACUCUUUCAUAAACAUGUUACAGCGGUCAUGUCUGUGCUUUUUGCAUGCUCAAAAAACUCAUACAUUUUUACAUUGUGUAUUUGUCUUUUUAAACCACUGAAUGCACUGCACAAUGGUCUCAAACAUGUAUAAUGAAAAAAGUAUAGACCAUCAUUGUGGAAUAUUUGUGUACGCAUUUUUCAUAUGGAUGUCUGUGAAUUUAUCAU